AUGCCCGAGAACAGAGCAACAUUCCUCACGGCUAAGAAGGCCAAGCCUCUCUCAGUCGCUCCAGCCCCUUACACGCCCCCAGGCCAAGAUGAAAUCGUCAUCCGCAACCGGGCCGUGGCCAUCAACCCGGUCGACUGCUUCAAACAAGAAGCUGGAGACAUCUUAUAUGGCUGGGUCAAAUACCCGUGCAUUUUGGGCAAUGAUGUCGCUGGUGAAGUUGUCGAAAUCGGCCCCGGCGCCGGUGCCAAGCGCUUCAAGAUCGGCGACCGCGUUCUCGGACAUGCCGUCGGCUUGGACAAGCGCAGCAACAAGGCUUGUGAGGGUGGUUUCCAGGAGUACGUUGUCUUGAGAACCAAGCUCACGACCCCGAUCCCGGAUUCCAUGGCCUUUGAAGAGGCGUGUGUCAUACCUCUCGGGGCAUCGACAGCUGCCUGCGGACUCUUUAUGAAAGAUUUCUUGAGUCUGCAGUACCCUAACGUCAACUCAAAACCCAACGGAGAAACUCUGCUGGUCUGGGGUGGAUCUACCAGCGUCGGUUGCAACGCCAUACAGCUCGCCGUUGGAGCAGGUUACGAAGUCAUUGCAACGGCAUCGCCCAAGAACUUCGAAUACCUGAAGAGCCUAGGGGCCAAGGAGGUCUUUGACUACCGAAACCCGACUGUUGUGCAAGACAUCAUCAGCACAUACAAGAACCGCAAAUGUGCUGGCGCACUGGCUAUCGGUGCCGGCUCCAUGGUUCCUUGUGUAGACGUUGUGUCGGCUGUCAAAGGGAGAAAGUUCGUUGCUCAGGCCAGCGUUGCGGGGCCAGGAAAACCUCCAUCUGCCGCCAAGGACUUGUUUUCGACUAUUUUGGCGGUCACCUGUGAGUCUGUGAUCGUAUUUGUCAAGAGCAAGCUGAACGGGGUUGGGACCAAGUUCAUCUGGGGGAGCGACGUGAUAGAAAGCGAGGUCGGCGAGGCUGUCUAUCGUGACUUUCUACCCGAGGCUUUGGAGCAAGGCAGAUAUGUCCCUGCUCCCAAGCCUAGAAUUAUUGGACAUGGUUUGGAGCUUGUACAAGAUGGGUUUGAUGUUGUCAUGAACGGCGUCUCUGCAACAAAGAUUGUCGUUUCCAUCUAA